UCGCCGGCAGAUUUGGAAGUCUUGCGGCCAGUAUUCAUGAUGCAACCCUACAAGGCUACAAUGUCAAAAUCCCCAUACCUGAUACCUCUCAUCUUUCCGGUCCUCGCAACAACAAGCAAGCAUAGCUUUGUUCCUUGAAGAAGAUGAACCGCAUGAGGAGGAUCGCGGGGAUGGGCAAGAGCAAGAAGGCCCCGUCCGCGGUUCAGAAGGACAAGGACGAGAGCAUAGUUUUCUUCCGGGAGCUGUACAAGCAUGAGGAAGAUACGGAUGUGAACCUCCUGGAGCCGAUCUACUCCGUGGAGUUCGACGCCAUCCAAGGUGGUCACAUGUCCAAGCCUCCCUCGGGGAAGAGAGAUCUCCUCAUGCCGAUCAUCGAGAAGCACGACUAUGACUGGCCCAAGACCCCUCCGGUUGCACCAAUGUUUCCUUCCCUCAAGAUGGAAGCCAGCUCCUCCGAAACGGUGGUUGCCCCUAAGGUGACACACAUCCCGAUCACGCAACCUGUCAAACCUUCAGCUUCAAGGUUCAUUGGCAAGACUGAGGCGACCAAAACAUCAGCCAAGACUCCGGCAGGUUCUUCGUCAAGCAACUCUGCCAAGAGCCAGCCUUGCACGACCGACAGGAGACCAGCUUCAGCUUACGCUACUCUGCCCAACAGGCAGCAGAAACCAGAUGCCAAAGCCAAUACUGGCACAAGCAGCAACUCAGGCAAGGAACACUCGCACACGUACUACGCAAAUGCAAGCCAGGACAGCAGCAGCAGCAGUGCAAGUACAACCAACACGGUGGAGACGCCAGGAGAAGCCCCUUACACGGCGCCCAAGAAUCUGCUCACGACUGGGUCUAUUUUCGCACGGCGCAGGGCAUCAGCAACGGCAGUGGCGACAGCUCCACCAUUGGGCGUGGACACCAAAGUCGAGAGCGCGAAGGCGAGGAGGCCACCAUCUUCUGCGGCAAGAGCUUCCAAGGAGCUGCAGGUAGAUGCCAGGAAGAAUGCUUUACCAGCCAAGGGCAAGGCUGUGGCCGGCACCGGCAGCGAGCCUGUUUGCAACAGCAGUGGCCGUGCCAGCACCAGCAAGACCGCACCAGCAAAGGGAAUGCGAAGAACAGAUGGCAAGAACGAGCGGAGACCAAAUUUUGCAGACCAGUGAAGAACAAACCUAUCA